ACCUUCUAGUUGUCCAAGUUUCUCGAUCAGCGUCCUCUCCCGCGUCCCUUUUCUCUCUCUUGGUUCCCUUGGGGACUCGACGACGACGCUCGUCGCGACGAUCCGGCAGUGACGGUCCGAUUUACAAUUUUUGCCGUAGCGGAGGAAGAUAUCGUCUUCCGUCUGUGACCAGAAUAUGGACUGGCGGUGGCUGCACAUUCUACUGCUGUCGGCAAUCAUUUCAAAUGCACCGGCAGAACCGUAUUACACGAUUAUCGCGCCAAAAGUGAUACGUCCUGAUUCAGAAUAUCAUGUAGCGGCAAGUAUCACCGGCGUAUCGACGCCGUCAACGAUAUACGUUGAAUUGACUGGAACACUCGAUUCGGGAAGGAUAUUUAACAUUUCUCGGACCGCAAUCGUCGAGCCUUAUUCCACUAAGAUUUUACAAUUAGACAUUGGGGAAACCACACCAGGGAAAUACACACUCGCUGCACGCGGCUUGUCGGGUAUCAAUUUCUCUAAAUCGAAAGAGAUCGAGUACGUUCAUAAAAGCUAUUCCGUUUUCAUCCAGACCGAUCGGGCAAUUUACAAGCCCGGUCACAAAGUCAUGUUUCGAUGUUUAAUAUUGGACUCGAGAUUAAGACCGAGUAUCGUGGGACCAGCGGAAGUAUACAUGGUUGAUGGUGAUGGUAAUCGUGUGAAACAAUGGACUCGGCCGUCAAUUACCCACGGAAUCUUUAUCAGUGAGUUAGAGCUAUCGCAGUCACCGGUACUAGGUAUUUGGAAGAUUAUUGCCAACGUGGGUGAUCAGACAUUUGAAAAGGAAUUUGAAGUCGCGGAAUAUGUUUUGCCGAAUUUCGAGGUGACAAUCGAUUCGCCGAAACAUGUACAGUUCAAAGAGUCAAAAGUUGCGGCAACUGUUCAUGCAAGAUACACCUAUGGGAAACCAGUAAAAGGAGAAGCUACGAUAACAGCGUACCCAGACAUUUUCUCUGGCGUUAUCCAACCGAUAUUCCAACAACCAGUGAGAAAAGUGGUACCAAUUGACGGGAAAAUUACAGUCGAUUUCGAUAUUCUGACCGAAUUGAGACUAACGGAUGAAUAUGAAAGACCCAUCAUGAUCGACGCAGUCGUGGAGGAAGAAUUAACUACCAGGAGACAAAAUACCUCGGUACAAGUAACGCUUCACAAACACAAAUACACAAUGGAACUGAUAAAGUCAUCCGAAUACUUCAAACCGGGACUAAAAUACACUGCCUUUAUCAAAAUGACGUAUCACGAUGGAUCGCCAGUACAGGACACGAAAAAUCCUGUGCUGAUAGCAUAUGGAUACACGUACAAUCAAUCUGCGUAUUCAAAUAUCACGCGUAUGUUAGAUAAAAAUGGCAUGGUGCAAUUGGAUUUUUAUCCGCCUAGAGCAAAGGACAACAUAUCUUUCCCUCUGAAUAUAGAGGCACAAUACUUGAAUCUGCACGAAUGGUUUCCCGCGACUAAUCAAGCUACAUCCGUGAGCAACGAAUACAUCCAAAUAACGCUGAAAACGGAAAGUCCAAAGGUAAACGACUACGUCGAGAUCGAAGUGAAUUCUACCGCGCCAUUGAAGUAUAUAAGUUACGAGGUGCUUGGUCGCGGUGAUAUUUUAGACGCAGGAUCAAUCUACGUGCCAGACAAGCACACGACGUCCUUCAAAUUUUUAGCGACGUACGUCAUGGCCCCCACUGCGCACGUGAUCGUGUAUUACGUACGCGCGGAUGGGGAAGUGAUAGCCGAUUCUUUGGACGUCGAACUCGCGGGAGUACUUCAAAACUUUGUCAACAUUACUGCAACGCCUGGUGAAGUUGCACCUGGUGAAAGUGUUAAUCUCGCGAUAUCCGCGAGACCGAACUCUUUCGUCGCACUGUUAGGUGUCGAUCAGAGAUCCAUCCUGCUAAAAUCUGGGAAUGAUAUCUCUUACGAGCAAAUAUACAAGGAACUGCAAUCGUACGAUAGGGCGGAAGUAUCGCCGUAUACAGAUUCGUUUUUCGGUCGGCCCCUCUGGAGACCCGGUUCAGGAACGGCGGACGAUGUGUUUCAAAAAACUGGCGUGGUAAUUCUCACAAACGGUUACGUUCACGAGAAUUUUGCUAUACGACCAGAAAUUUUGAAGGGUAGAAUAACGGGCUCGCCUCAUGGGCUGUCCACGCUUCGGCCAGACCUUGGUCCACCUGUUACGCACAGAUUAGCGACAAGACCACCGCUGGCAGGUCCUUACGCCUUCUCUCGCAUCCCACCUCCCGUCUGGAAUAAGCCCCGUGUAUUCCUAAUGCAUGACAUCUUAAACACCUGGCUUUUCGCAAACUUCUCUUCAGGAUAUCAAGGAAAAACCGAGUUACGACGGAAUGUACCAGAUUCUAUCACAUCGUGGGUAUUAAGCGCAUUUUCUAUAAACGAUGCGCAUGGAUUAGGUCUUAUGGAGGAACCCAGAAAGUUGAAAGUAUUUCGACCAUUCUUCAUAUCGAUGGACUUGCCCUACUCGGUAAUACGGGGAGAAAUCGUAGGGAUACAAAUUGUGGUAUUUAAUUACCUGAAUAAGGACCUGACAGCCGAAGUUGUCUUGACGAACGAGGGUGAAUUUGAUUUCGCAGAGGUUUCUAACGAAGUUCAUGACGUGCCGCCAAAACUCGAGUUGUACCGUAGAAAAAAGGUCGAUGUAAAAGCUAAUUCCGGCUCGAGUGUGUCAUUCAUGAUUAUUCCGAAGCAGUUGGGAUACAUUACUAUAAGAGCGACUGCCAACAGCGUUUUGGCUGGGGAUAGCGUUGAACAUAAAUUACUUGUUAAUGCUGAGGGAGAAACGCAAUACAAGAAUAAAGCGGUAUUUUUGGAUUUAAGAAGCAUUGAACAUGCGAGCGCAAAUGUUACCAUCGAUAUACCCAAUAAUGCUGUGCCAGGUUCCGAAAGUGUACAGAUUUCCGCAGUUGGUGAUAUCUUGGGCCCCAGUAUACCGAACUUGGCAAAUUUAAUAAGAAUGCCGUUUGGCUGCGGCGAGCAAAAUAUGUUGAAUUUUGUACCAAAUAUUGUCAUUUUAAAUUAUCUUAAGAACACGAACCAGUUGACGCAAGCCGUACAGAGCAAAGCAUUAAAAUAUCUGGACAUCGGUUAUCAGCAGGAAUUAACUUACAGACAUACCGAUGGCUCUUUCAGCGCGUUCGGCAUGUCCGAUCCUAGUGGGAGUACAUGGCUUACAGCUUUUGUAGCAAAGUCUUUUAAGCAAGCAGCUGAAUACAUAACGGUCGAGGACAGAAUAAUAAACGAGGCUUUGCAGUGGCUGUCCGAUAAUCAAGCUCCAAAUGGUUCGUUUCCUGAAGUAGGGAAAGUGAGUCAUCGCGACAUGCAAGGCGGAGCUGCGAAGGGACUUGCGCUAACGGCAUACACACUCAUCGCGUUCCUGGAAAAUGAGAAUUCCAUAGCGAAGUAUCGUAACCCGAUAAACAAGGCUGUCGAUUACAUCGUCCGCAAUAUCGAAGGAUUGAACGACACGUACGCAUUGAGUCUGUGCGCCUACGCAUUGAAUCUGGCAAAGCACCCGUACGAAACGCCCGCGUUUAACUUUUUGGAAUCUAAAGCCAUGACGAAACAGGACUUGAAAUGGUGGAGCAAACCCAUCCCGAAAGACGAUAAAAAUCCGCACUACGCUCUGCCACGUUCCGUUGAUGUUGAAAUGUCGUCCUACGCUCUGCUCUCGUAUCUCAGACGUAAUUAUGUUGUCGACGCGAUUCCAGUUAUGAAGUGGCUUAUUAAACAGAGAAAUACAGAGGGUGGCUUUGCUUCGACGCAAGAUACCGUGAUUGGACUGGAAGCAUUGGCGAAACUCGCUGAAAAGCUGUCAAAGGACACGGGUUCGGUGCGAAUCGCGUUUAAACACGCGGGAGAUCAAACCUACAUGAAUAUAAACAGCGGUAAUUCUAUGAUACUGCAAAAGCAGGUGCUGCCUGCGAAAACGCGAUUUGUCAACAUCACGGCAUCUGGUAAAGGGUUCGCCCUGGUGCAAGUAUCUUAUCAGUACAACUUGAACGUAACCGGAGCAUGGCCGUUGUUUACACUGGAUCCUCAAGUAGAUAAAAAUUCCAAUGCUAAUCAUUUGCAACUCUCCAUAUGUUCAGGAUUCGUUCCACACAAAGAAGCUAACGAGAGCAACAUGGCUGUUAUGGAAGUAAGCCUACCCUCCGGCUUCACCGUGGACAGAGAUUCUCUACCGAGCCUAGAGGUAUCGUCGCACGUAAGACGCGUGGAAACCAGAAAUGGUGACACAAUGGUGGUUUUAUAUUUUGACAAGAUGGUGAAGGAGGAGUAUUGUCCGACUGUGUCCGCAUUUAGAACGCAUAAAGUAGCUAAGCAAAAACCAGUCCCCGUUUCGAUAUACGACUACUACGACUCGUCGAGAAGAGCCCGGGUAUUUUACGAGGCCAGAAAGACAACCCUGUGCGAUCUGUGCGAGGAUGAGGAUUGCGAGGAUAUAUGCGUUUCGAAACCUGGUGAACGAAAGCAUAACGCUACAAUGUCCGCCGCGUCUCACAUUUACAUUUGUUUAUACUUACAAUUUAUGGCUCUCACGCUCUACGUUGCUUCUAUUUCAUAAGUUUCUCCGUAAUGUUAUUUUCAUAUUUUGUUGUAGAAAUAAUUAUUUUACUUAAUGAUACUCGAGAAAAACCUGAUGAAACUUAAAGAGCUUAAAGAGCUGUACAAGUAAGUCGCGACCAAAGUACUUGUAGUAUAGGAUCUAGUAAGACGUUUCAUCGCGAGCUCCGUUUCUCCAAUUCUUUUUAAAUUAAACUAAUAACUACGAGAGGUCCAAUUAUUACGAGAGGUUUAAUCCUAAUACUAGCUUUAUAAGAAAACUUAAUACAAUGUUUCUUGUUAUCUAUUAGCGUAAAA